AUGCUGAUUCCACGCUCUGCGAUCCUAGCCCUGCUAUCUUCUGUGGCGCUCGGUGCUCCGGGCUUGCGCCGCUCAGAAACCAGUCGACCCCAUCGUUGUGUUGUUGCGUCUUCUAAUGGCACAUCUGACGAUACCCCGGCUGUGCAGAAAGCCUUUGCUCGAUGCGCUAAGGACUCCGUCGUUGUCUUUGAGGAUGGCGUUGACUAUAAUAUCUUCACACCGGUCAGCGUCACGAAUCUGAGCAAUGUCGAGAUUCGGGUGAAUGGUAACCUUCACCUCCCUCAGAGCAUUUCUGAGGUUCAAAAGGUGGUCAAUCGCACGAACAGAGUUACCUACGCGGAUGGCCAGCAUUGGUUCACUUUCCAAGGACCUAAGAUUGACUAUAUCGGCUCUUCGGAUGUGAACAAUGGCUGGAUCAACUCUUACGGCCAGGCUUGGUGGGAUGCAAACCCAGUCAAUGGCACGGGAAUUGACUCUCGACCCCAUCUUAUGAGCUUCAAGACAACGAGUGGUUCAUUGAAAUACUUCAAGUCUCGUAAACCUAUUGCUUGGAAUGUCCAGGUUGGGGGAGAUGACAUCGAAGUCAGCCACGCUUUCAUUGACGCCGAGUCCACUGGAUCAUUCCCGUUCAACACUGACGGAUUUGAUGUCACCGGCACGAAUAUCCGUAUCACCGACAGCGUGAUUUACAACGGCGACGAUGCCAUCGCAGUUCAAUCCGGAUCCCACAACAUAGUCUUCGAAAGAAAUACCAUCGGCUAUCAGAGUCAUGGUAUGAGCAUUGGAUCACUGGGCCAAUCCCAGAAUGAAUUCGCAAACGUCUCCAACAUCCGUUUCGAGGAUGUGACUGUUAUCGAUGCAGUCUACGGCGCACGUUUCAAGUCCUGGAUGGGUGGACAGGGCCUGGCUAAAAACAUCACCUGGAAGAACAUUCGCGUGUACAAUGUCACGUUCCCUAUCUUCGUGACGCAGAGCUAUCUCAACCAGGGUUCUUCUCAGACACAACUCGGCGAUGGCCAGACUACUGGACGUGUCAACAAUGCCUCGGUCGUGAUGGAGAACUUCUCCUGGGAGGACUUUACAGGCACUAUCAACACUUUCCGGCCCGGUGAUGGAUCUUGUGCCACUGAUCCCUGUUGGUACAAUGUUGGACUUCCUAAUCUCAAGCACACCGAGGCUGUCAUUAUUGAGUGCAAUACCGAGAAGUCUUGCAAGAACUUUGCCUUGAAGAACAUUGAGUUGAUUCCGCAGAGUAUGGCGGCCCCUACCACGGUCUGUAUCAAUGCUACUUCGGCGCUCAAUCCCGACUUGGGCUUCGACUGUCGCAAUGGAACAUUUGUUCCUUCCUGA